UGGGGAGGGGAGGGAGGGGACACGGCGGGGGUUGGGGGGUUGGGGCGGAUCCGGACAUUCGUAGGUGCUAACGGAUUUUAUAGACUCUUCUAUCGUUGAUUUGACGUGGAUGGCCUAUAAUUUGACGUGGAAUGGUAAAGUGCCAACGGGGUCUGUCCUAACAUCGGCAUUUUCCUAUCUCUUGGUGCUUGUCCAGCUAAUGGUGCAUGGUCUUCUUGGUCAACAUGGACACGCUGCGAUCAGACAUGCAACAAUGGAACACAAUAUCGAAAUAGAAGUUGCAUAGCUAACCCUUUAGUACUUGGUGGCAACGAAUGUCAUUUAGCUAAUGGUUCUAUUGGUCGAUAUGAAAUAGAAACACAAUCGUGUUUUACAAAGAAUUGUCCAGCUGUUAGUACGUGGGGAACUUGGUCAUUCUGGUCAAGUUGUUUUCCUUCCUGUGGUAAUGGAACACAAUAUCGGAACAGAACAUGUAAAGCAGUUGAUAGAACAGGCUGUAUUUUGACAAAUAGAUCAAUUGACUUCUAUGAAUUAGCCAUAAGAACGUGUUAUCAAAUGGUAUGCCCAGUAAAUGGUGGUUGGGGUCCUUGGCACAAUUUGACAGAGUGCUCAGUGACUUGUGGUAAAGGCUACUAUCAUCAAAAGCGUUUGUGCAACAACCCUGCUCCCAAAGGGAAAGGAGAAGAAUGUCAGCUAGUAACAACUGAUGAGUAUGGUUUGUGUGAAAAUCGCACCCUUGCUUGUAAUUGUCAACCUUGUCCAGUUAUUGGACUGUGGAGCACAUGGAACAGUUGGAGCGAGUGUUCAGUAACAUGUGACCUGGGACAAACAAGACGCAAUCGCACUUGCAACAACACUUUGGGACUUUACGGGAACGUGGAAUGCCUGUUGAGCGAUAACAUAACUCUGACUACAUAUGAGACACAAACUAGAGACUGUGGAGGAAAUUCUUGCCCUAUUCAUGGUGAAUGGGGAAGUUGGACAACAACAGAAUGUUCAACAUCCUGUGGAAAUGGUACUUUAAACAGAUCACGCAAAUGCAAUGAUCCGGAACCCCAAUUUAAAGGACGGAAUUGUCUUAAAACAGAUAACACGUCUUCGUUAAAAGAAUUCACAACAACUCCUUGUAAUUUACGACCUUGUCCAAUUCAUGGUGAAUGGGGAAGUUGGACAACAACAGAAUGUUCAACAUCCUGUGGAAAUGGAGCUUUAAACAGAUCGCGCAAAUGUAAUGAUCCGGAACCUCAAUUUGGAGGACGGAAUUGUCUUAAAAUAGAUAACACAUCUUCGUUGGAAGAAUUCGUAACAACUCCUUGUAAUUUACGACCUUGUCCAAUUCAUGGAGAAUGGGGAGCUUGGAGUUCAUGGACCACAUGUGAUAAGACUUGUGAUCAAGGCUUAAGACAGCGAAACAGGACAUGUGAUUACCCUUCUCCUCAAUUCGGAGGCAUGGAAUGUUUGUUGAAAAAUGGCACACGAGACCAAGAGGAAAACGUAUUUGUUGCAUGUAACGAGAUGGUUUGUCCGGUGAAUGGAAAAUGGGGACUAUGGAAAAACGUAACUGGCUGCUCAAGUACUUGUGGAGGAGGGUUCUAUACCCAAGAAAGAGUUUGCGACAGUCCAGCACCAGUGGGGCUUGGAAACCCUUGUGAAUUUAUCACGUAUGACGGCUAUGGUUUAUUAGAAAAUCGAACAUUUGCUUGUAAUACUCAGCUCUGUCCAGUCCAUGGAGGUUGGAGCUCUUGGGAGUCGUGGAGUUCUUGUUCUAAAUCUUGCGACAUUGGAUUUAAACGACGUAACAGAAGUUGUAAUAGUCCUGAACCACUUUUUGGUGGUAAAGAAUGUCUUUUAAAUAACACUGUUGGCACUGGUUUAAGUGAAUCACAUACACGUGAAUGCCGAUUGAGAGACUGUCCAAUUGAUGGAGAAUGGGGUAGUUGGACAAACACGCCUUGCUCAGUUACAUGCGGAGGAGGUGAAUUAAAACGAACUCGUCAAUGUAAUAACCCUCCUCCGCAGUUCGGUGGAAUGUGUGUUACUAACAACGAUGAUCGAAUGUUCAACGAAUCUCUGACCGAAAGUUGCAAUAAUGAACUAUGUCCUGUGAAUGGAAGUUGGGCUGCUUGGUCGACGUGGACGAGUUGUUCGCUCACCUGUGGUACUGGUGUGAGACAUAGAAACCGACUUUGCAAUAACCCACUACCAGUUACCACUGGACUAGAAUGCCUAAAGAAGGAUUGAGCAUAUAAUAAAAGUGAAGAAGAAAGCAAAUCUUGCUUCAUUAUGACUUGCUUAGGUCCACAUGAUUGUACAUUCGAAAGUGCUUUGUAUACGAAAACUUUGUGUCAGUUUCUGCUUGGCCCAGGCUUAAAUCGAUGGCAGCUUAUUACAGGAGCAACACCAACAAUUAACACAGGACCCUACCACGAUCACACUUAUGCCAAGCGAUGAGUCAUACUUUACUCUACAAAAUCUCCCGCCAUUUUCUGGGCCACGUUGCAUGACGUUUUGGUUGCACAUGUUUCAAAACACCACCUUACCAUUCGUUGAUCCUGGUGAAUUUCGCGUAGAGCAAAUAAUAGGAACACAACCACCAAUAGAGAAACUUAAGCACACUGAUGAACUUCAUAUAAAUGAUUGGGUGCAACAGAAAAUUGAUUUGGAUCAAUCACCGACUGAUACAUACGAGAUUCGAUUUUAUGCAAGGAGAGGAAGUUUUGCUGGUGACAGAGGUGUUGAUGACGUUUUCUUCUACUCGUCGUCAUGCGCAGAUAUUCCAAUGAGUUAGUAAUCAACCGAAUAUCCUCUAAAAUAGAAUUGUACUCUGAUAAAAUUAUGUUGCCACGUUGUAUUAUUUGUAAAAACAUUUUAUUUUUUUAUGUUAAGCAAUAACCUAAUAAUUUGAA